AUGAAGAAGUUUAUUACAAUUGUCGGAGCUAUCUUAGUAGGAACUGUUGCUGCUACUCAAAUCACAACUGAAGAGAAGGUAGUUGAUGGACUUAUCCAUGGACUUUAAGCUGCUUAGAAAGAUGUAUAAAUCAUCAAGGGUCAACUUUAAAGCAUUGCACAUAGAAGAAGAGCAAGAUCAGUCGAUUAAACUCCCAAUGUUGAGGCUUAAAGCAAUCUAUUAGAGUAUAUAAAAUCCCUAGAUAUCAAACCAAGACCCAUAACAACUAGAGAUAUUGAAUUGCAAGAAUAUAGAGAUCCAUGUGAUUACAUCAGAUAAUGCUUACCAAAAGAAUUUAGAAAUAAUCAACCAAAAGUAGAAGGCUUUUUCGGUUUUGGAGAAUCUGUGGUGUCUCAUGAUUUAAGAGGUAUAGAUUUUGGAAUUUAAAAUGCUAUCUAAACGCCACAUGUUGAAGGCUUCUUAAGUGGAUUACACGAAUUAACUGGCAUCGCUGGUGAUCUUACAGGAUUAGGUCUUGGAAUCUAUAGCGCUGUUCACCCAAAUGUUCAAGCUUCAAUCAUGGAAUAAAAGCCUCUAUACUACAGCUAUGCUUAAUAUCUUAGCCCUAAAGUUUAGAUGUGGGAUGACGCAACCCUAGCUGCCUAUAACCUUCGUUUCGGCAAUGUUAUCUAUCCACAUUAAUGA